UCUCAAACUAGUACGAGGUAAAAUACAGCGAGCUUAAGUGGGAAAAUAAGAUUAGAGGGAAAGAUGAAAAUACAAUUAGGGUUAGUGAUGAUGGUGGGAAUACUUUUUACUCACCUCAAUAAUAACCUUAUUGUGGUAGAUGCUAUAAAAGUAUCAAGUGUAGUAACACCAUCAUUCUUCAAUAGCAUCAUCAACCAAGCUUCGUCGUCGUGUAAGGGUAAACACUUCUACACUCGUGCAGGAUUUCUUAAUGCUGCUAAAGCCUUUCCUAAGUUUGGAAGUGGUUCCACUCUUGCUGCCAAGAGGGAGAUCGCUGCCUUCUUUGCUCAUGCCACCCACGAGACUGGUCGUAAGUCACCUGACCUUCUCCGUCUAUAUCUACAUCAAGUUUUAUCAAAGUAUCGUUGCAAAGCAAAAAGCUACCAUGGCAGAGGACCAAUUCAACUUACAUGGAAUUGCAACUAUGGAGCUGCUGGGAAAUACCUUGGCCUUGACUUGUUGAAGCAUCCGGAACUCGCAUCGACAAACCCUAGUGUGUCCUUCAAGACAGCACUUUGGUACUGGAACACUAGGGUUCAUUCUAAAGUGAGCAAAGGAUUUGGAGCUACUAUCCGCGCUAUAAAUGGAGGCGAAUGUGAUGGUGGAAGCCCUGCCGCGGUAAAAAAUCGUGUUAAGUACUACAAGAAUUAUUGCAAGAAGUUCAAAAUUACUCCUGGUCCUAACGUUUCUUGCUAAUUAUUUUAUAAAUGAAAUCCUAAUUGUAUGCAUGGUUUCUAUCCUAUGAUAGUGAGAGAACUGCCAUAUACGUAGCACUCUCAAUGCUUAGUAGUAGUAUGCAUUGUUUCUGUAUUAAGGUGUUGUAAACAAUUACGUGUGGAACUUGAGAAAUAAGUGAUUUACACACGAAAAAAAUAAUGUAAACAUGAAGAUAAUGAUGUAACUUCAGUGUUUUAAGUAAUA